AUGAGCAAUGAUAUCCAUAAUGAAGGGUUAAUGCAGAUCGAUGACUCAUCAAACUUCAGUUUUGAAGAGAGGAAAAGACGACGUGGCACAGAAUCUCUUGACUUGGUUACCUCCACAUCAUCCGGGAUCUUCCUUGCUGGUAGAAGCGGAGGAUUGUGUAUGCUGUGGAAAACUUCUGCUUCUUGCAAGCUCAUCGGUUACCCACGUAACCAUAUUGAUAUGCAUAUUAUUGACGAGAAAGACGAUUGGAGAUUGACAGGCUACUACGGCUUCCCGGAGAGACGGCGACGCAGAGACUCUUGGAACCUCCUCAGACGUCUCUCGAGCUUGAACUCUCUUCCUUGGUGCAUUAUGGGGGACUUCAAUGAUCUCUUGGAUCCGGGAGACAAACGGGGGCGCAUUGACCACCCAAAUUGGCUCAUGCAAGGCUUCCGCGAGGCAAUUAUUGAAUGUGGGCUCUCGGACAUCCCACUCCGUGGGUAUCAAUAUACCUGGUCAAGAGGUUUGGGGACAAGUCAUUUUGUUGAGGAACGCUUGGACCGUGGCAUGGCCACGAGCAACUGGAAGAAUCUCUUCCCGGAGGCGGUUUUGCUGCCUAUUACAGUUGCUAUGUCAGACCAUGUUCCCCUCUUACUUAAUUGCAGAGGGGCUGCUACUCCCAGGAUAACCCGCAGAUUCCGCUUCGAGAAUAAAUGGUGCUUCGAGCCUGACUUCCCAAAUGUGAUACCACGCAAAGGGGGAGGAAGAAUAAACUUGAGCAGAAUAUCUCUUUCUACCAAGGGAGAACCGAUGCUCUCUCCAUCAAGAAGCUUAAGGAAGCAAGGCAAGAGCUGUCCAACAUCCUUCUCCGGGAAGAAACUCAUUGGAAACAACGCGCCAAACAACACUGGCUGCGUGAGGGAGAUUCCAAUACAAAACAUGGCUUCAGCGAGGCGCAAGGUUAACACCAUCACCAAACUGAGGAGGGAUGACGGCAGCUGGGCUUCAAGUACUGAGGAAAUCGGCCAAGAAGCGAGACAAUACUUUGAAAAUCUUUUUGAUGAUUCAACCAACAAUGUCGAUUUCUAUCAAGUCCUUAAUCGCCUAACCCCCUGUGUGGAUAACACAAUGAACGCCGAGCUUACUAAAUCUUUCCAGUUUGAAGAGUUUAGCUCUGCCGUGGCUCAGAUGCACCCUGAUAAGUCGCCGGGUCCCGAUGGCUUCAACCCAAAGUUUUACCAAAAAUUUUGGAAUGUAGUGGGCGAAGAUGUGUACCGCAGCUGCUGUGACUGGCUCACUACCGGAACGUUUCCUCCCACUCUCAACAACACCCUGGUUACUCUUAUCCCCAAGGUUGAUUCCCCAACCAAUAUGAAAGAGCUCCGGCCCAUUGCUCUCUGUAAUGUUGUUUACAAAAUAAUCUCGAAAGUGUUGUGCAAUAGGCUCAAGAAGGUUCUCCCCUGCCUCAUCGACCGAUCACAAUCAGCUUUUGUAGAAGGGAGAAUGAUUCAAGACAAUAUACUAAUCGCCUUCGAAGCUAUCCAUUCGAUGAAGCGGAAAACUCGUGGUAAGAAUGGUUACUUGGCUCUCAAGAUCGACAUUAGUAAAGCAUACGAUCGCGUUGACUGGAACUAUCUGGAUGCUGUUUUACAACGCCUUGGCUUCUGCGAUAAGUGGCUGGAGUGGAUGAGGCUCUGUGUUCGCACCGUUUCUUAUGAGAUUCUGAUCAAUAGUGCAGCUGUCAGCCCAAUCAUUCCGGGGAGGGGGCUCCGCCAAGGAGAUCCCCUCUCCCCCUACCUCUUUAUCCUGUGUGCCGAGGGCCUUUCAGCCAUGAUAAAUUAUGAGACCGCUCGAGGAGAUAUCCAUGGUAUUCAAAUGGGACGACGGGGCCCCGCCGUUUCUCACCUCAUGUUUGCAGACGACUGCAUUUUCUUUUGCCGGGCUUCGGAGUUGGAGUGUGCGAAUUUGAAGAGGGUGCUGGGAAUCUACGAGCUUGCCUCUGGUCAAGCUAUAAACUAUCAAAAAUCUGGGGUCUUUUUCAGCCUGAAUGUGAGCGCCACAGAGAGAGAAGCUAUCUCUGGCACGUUGGGUGUUACUUCGGCUCUUGAUACAGGACGUUACUUGGGCCUGCCUUCACUCAUCGGGAGAAAGAAAAAGGAGAUCUUCAAGUACCUUCGGGAUAGGCUUUGGAAAAAAAUACAAGGGUGGAAUGGGAAAAAAUUGUCCAAGGCGGGUAAAGAGAUUCUCCUUAAAGGGGUCGCACAAGCUAUACCCUCCUAUUGCAUGAGCAUCUUCUUGCUCCCUACGAGUCUGACUGACGAGAUGGAAAAACUCAUGAACAGUUUCUGGUGGAGUAAUAAGGGCGGUGCGGGGCGGAGUAUCAACUGGAUGAAGUGGGACAAAAUGUGCGUCGAUAAAAAGUUCGGAGGAAUGGGAUUUAGAAGCAUGCAAUUAUUCAACAUUGCUAUGUUGGGCAAAACAGGGUGGAGGCUUAUUGAAGAACCGGACGCACUUGUUUGCAGGAUACUCAAAGCUAAAUACUUUCCCAAUGAUGAUUUCCUACGAGCCAAGGUAGGGAGCAGCCCUAGCUUCACUUGGCGGAGCAUCUGUGCAGCCCAAGACUUGGUAAGGAGUGGAACUCGCUGGAGGGUAGGCGAUGGUACUGGAAUCAAAGUCUAUGAGGAUCCUUGGUUACGUAGGGAUGGGAGAUUUCACGUCUCCUCUCACUGCCCGCCGAAUCUCUCGGGUCUCACUGUCCACGACAUCUUUAUUCCGGGUGCUAGAAGCUGGAAUGUGGAUUUUAUGGAGACUAUUUUGAACGAGGAGGAUGUACAGGAGAUCAGUAGAACCCCCAUCGUGCCGACCUCUAACCCGGAUAAACUCAUUUGGCACUACUCCCCAACUGGGCGCUAUACCGUGAAAUCUGCUUAUCGGCUCGCUAGCUCGCUCACUCUCGACCCCACCUAUUCGAUAGAGGGUCAUUGGAGCCUCCUUUGGAAGAUCAAAGUACCACAGAAAGUGCAAAACAUCCUGUGGAGGGCUGCACGGGAUAACCUUCCCUCGAAGGCAAAGCUACUAUCUAGAGGCCUACAGGUAGGCGGCGAGUGCGGCAUUUGCAAGGCUGGCUAUGAAAACCUCUGGCAUACUUUCUUCAGCUGCCCGUUCGCGGAAGAUUGCUGGAGAAUCAGUAACAUGGAGCUUUAUAUCGAUAAUGUUCGUAGCCGGUGUGAGUCUUUUUUGCAGGCCCUGUUUAUGAUAGUUGAUGACAAGGACGACACCCGAAAAAUCAAGAUCUGCAUGCUUUUGUGGCAAAUCUGGAAGGCUCGGAACUCGGCUGUGUGGAAUAACGAGAACCCCUCUCCAGCAAGCUCGGUGCUGAUGGCUGCGUGCACCUAUGAGGACUGGACCGCUGCCCAUUCUAGGGCCCGUCCUGGACCCGUUGCUGCCUCAUCUGGUGCGACAUGCGUAGGAUGGCAUGGUCUACCUUCGGGGUGGUUUUGCUGCAAUGUGGAUGCUGCUUUUUUCAGGGAAUCGAACACAUGUGGUUUGGGGAUGGCUAUCCGAGACCACAAUGGAAACUUCAUCGCAGGCAAGUCUAUUAAAAUCGUGGGUUCGUGGUCAGUUGAAGAAGGCGAAAUGAUGGGUAUCAAAGAAGCCCUAUCUUGGCUCAAAGAGAAGGAACUAACCCACGGUCGGGUGGAAACAGAUAGCAAACGGGCGUGCGAUGCGAUCAACUCAAGAGCGAAGAAUUUUUCUGAAAUGGGUGCUCUGGCAUCCCACUGUCGGAAUGAAUUAUCCUUGGCACCGGACGUCCGUAUCCACCAUGUCAAGAGAACAAGAAAUGCUAUAGCCCAUAUCUUAGCGAAGGCGGCGAGAGAUAUAGAUGCACAUCAUGUUUGGAAUGAACCCCCGUCCUUUGUGGUGGGUCAUCUCCACAUACCAUGUUCGUGUGAUUAA